UAAACAGAUCUCGCCACAACUACCAGCGUUUGGCCACUUCCACUCUUUCUCUGCUGUGAGAACCUCGGAGCGGCUCAUCCAGGACCGGAGACAAUUCCUCCCCUGUCAGGUCAUCAUGUCCAGAAAAGUGGUUAGGACCAGUAAGUUCCGCCAUGUCUUCGGGCAGGCCGUUAAGGCAGACCAGUGCUACGAUGACAUCAGGAUCUCUCAGAUGACCUGGGACAGCAACUUCUGCUCCGUGAACCCCAAGUUCGUCGCCAUGAUCGUGGAGGCUAGUGGUGGAGGAGCCUUCAUUGUCUUGCCACUGGGAAAGACUGGCCGUAUCGAUAUGUCCCAGCCAACUGUGUGUGGUCACACGGGUCCUGUGCUAGACAUUGAGUGGUGCCCACACAACGACAACGUCAUCGCCAGUGGCUCGGAGGACUGCAGUGUGAUGAUCUGGGAGAUUCCUGAAGGAGGCCUGACACAGCCUCUGAAGGAACCAGUGGUGAAGUUGGAAGGUCACUCAAAACGUGUGGGCAUACUUAGCUGGCACCCUACGGCACACAACGUGCUUAUGAGUGCAGGCUGUGAUAACGUGGUGAUCCUGUGGAACGUGGUGCGCGGGGAGGCUGCCGUGCGCAUCGACACCCUGCACACGGACCUGAUCUACAGCGCCUGCUGGAACCGGGACGGCACACGGAUCCUCACGUCCUGCAAAGACAAGAAGCUCCGUCUGCUGGAUCCACGCAAGGGCACCGUCAUCGCAGAGAAGGAGAAACCCCACGAGGGCUCCAGGCCUGUGCGCGCAGUGUUCGUGUCAGAUGGGAAAAUCCUCACCACAGGCUUCAGUCGCAUGAGUGAGAGACAAGUGGCACUGUGGGACCUGAACUCCUUUCAGGAGGCCCUAACACUGCAGGAGUUGGACACCAGCAGUGGAGUUCUACUGCCCUUCUAUGAUCCCGACACCAGCAUCGUCUACCUGUGUGGCAAGGGCGACAGCAGCAUCCGGUACUUUGAGGUGACGGAUGAGGCCCCGUAUGUGCAUUAUCUGUCCAUGUACAGUAGUAAGGAGAGCCAGAAGGGAAUGGGCUACAUGCCCAAGAGGGGCCUCGAAAUCAACAAGUGUGAGAUUGCCAGGUUCUAUAAACUGCAUGAGCGGAAGUGUGAGCCCGUCGUCAUGACAGUGCCACGCAAGUCCGACCUGUUCCAAGAAGAUCUAUAUCCCGAUACGAUUGGUCCAGAGCCAUCCGUCGAGGCUGAUGAUUGGUUCGCUGGUAAAGAUGGGAAACCCAUUCUGAUGUCCUUGAAGGACGGCUUUGUGGCAACAACUAAAAAAGAGUGCAAAUCCAUCAAGAGCCUCCUGACUAUUCCCACUGCGAGCUCUGACCAUCGGCACGGCAACGGAAUGGAUGCUCAGGCACUGCAGAGUGAGCUGAAGGCACUGAGGCAGAUGGUUGAGGAUCUAACCAAACGUGUGAGCGACUUGGAGAGUAAAAGCUGAGAGGGCUGGACUUGGGGAAGAGAUGACCAAUCAGGGCCAACUUUGGGAGCAAGUGUGAUGUGAAAGAGGAAAGGCAACAUGGGUUUAGGAAGUAAAGGAUGUUGCAGCUUUUCCUGAACCAAAUAUUGUUCCUUAAGGCUCUCAUUUUCUAAGUUGAAUUUUCAAAGCUCAUUUUAAUAUAUGUCACAGAAAAUUUGAAAUAAAUGUCUUCAGUAUUUUAGGAGUAA